AUGAGAAAUGGGCCAACGAGAUUCACGAAAUCGGAAGAAGGAAAAAUAGUGGAUUGAUGAAGAACUCAAUAUGGUGACAGAGAUUGGGACUGAACGGUCGACACACAAGCAAAGCCACCAACAAGGGAAGAAGUAGAGGAGGCAAUCAAGGCACUCAGCAACAGAAAGGCGACAGGUCCGGAUGGAGUACCAUCGGAGCUGAUUAAAUACGGAGGACAAACAGUAGUAGAACUACAUUGGAGGAUUAUUACAGAUGUAUGGAAGAGGAGAUGACUUCCAAGGGCAAUGAAGGGCGCGCUGGUAGUGCUUCUGCCGAAGAAGCUGGGCUCAAAAGCCCCUGAUGACUAUAGACCAAUUACCCUACUCAACACCUCGUAUAAGAUUCUAGACAAAAUUGUUGCUAACAGACUCGCAUUAGAGGUAGAGGCCAAAUCAAUCAUGCACCCAACCCAGGCAGGAUUCAUGAAGGGGAUGUCCACGGCUGACCAAAUCUAUAGACUAGAAACGGUGAUAGAACACUGCAGGACUCACAAAAAAGGGAUAAUAUGUGGCUUCUUGGAUAUAUGCAAGGCCUUUGACACAGUAAGGCACUCAGAUUUAAAUGAAGUAAUGCUCAGCAGAGGAGUAAAUACAGACACCAUUAGCAUAAUUGGAGCAAUGUACAAUAACUGUGAAAGUAACAUAAUCAUGAAUGAUAGGCUCUCAGACCCAAUCAGAAUAAAGAAAGGAGUGAGGCAAGGUGGAAGCUCAUCACCUAUAUGUUUUAAUCUGAUUCCCAACGAGCUGGCAUGGGCAAUAAGCAGCGCUGAUGUUGGUGUCGAACUGAAAUCGGGGGAAAUGAAGUUAGGCCUGCUGCUAUAUGCAGACGACAUAGUGCUCAUGGCGCACACGAUGUCACAACUACAACAACUUAUGAAUAUAUGCAACACUUGAGCCAACAAGUACUACCUUAAAGCAAACCUGCAGAAAUCGUUCGUAGUGGACUACUCAGGCAAACCAGCGAGAGUAACAGUGACAAUAGAAGGAAAGCAGCUGAAGCAAUUGCCACAGUUCAAGUACCUAGGGAAGGUCAUAGGAACUUCAAGGAGUGAUAGUGCCUAG